AGGUGUCCGUGGAUAUGCCACGGCUGUCGCGCUCACAGAUCGUGGUCGCGGAAAUGAGCGUGCACGUUCUGACAGCCAGCAGAUAGUAGGCCUGCGCAUUUGGCCCGGUUCACGCCUGUGGCACGACAUGGCACGCGUAAGAUGGGUCUCCUCGCCCUCCUGUUCUCCCCACGUUCUUCUCGCCGCGUCCUCGUGCUCUCCCACGGCAGCAUCAUUGACAAGCGAUCAGUGGUGCCGCGCGCCGCGUCCCGAUCCGUGGCCCGCAUGGACGGAGACGUGAUCAUCGGCGCGCUCUUCUCUGUCCACCACCAGCCGUCUGCGGAGAAAGUGGCCGAGAGAAAGUGUGGAGACGUUCGAGAGCAGUACGGCAUCCAGAGGGUGGAGGCCAUGUUUCACACACUGGACCGGAUCAACGCCGACCCGAACCUGCUCCCCAACAUCAGUCUAGGCUGUGAGAUCCGGGACUCGUGCUGGCACUCCUGUGCUCUGGAGCAGAGCAUCGAGUUCAUACGGGACUCACUCAUCUCCAUCCGUGACGAUAAGGACGGGUCCAAAUGGUGCAUCGAUGGCACCCAUUCAAAUCUGCCUCCAGCCACUAAGAAGCCCAUCGCCGGAGUGAUUGGACCGGGAUCGAGUUCUGUGGCCAUCCAGGUGCAGAACCUGCUGCAGCUCUUCAACAUCCCGCAGAUCGCAUACUCCGCCACGAGCAUCGACCUGAGCGACAAGACCCUGUUCAAGUACUUCCUGAGGUCGUGCCCUCAGACACCCGCAGGCCGGGCCAUGCUGGACAUCGUCAAACGGUACAACUGGACCUACGUGUCGGCUGUGCACACUGAGGGAAACUAUGGGGAGAGUGGCAUGGAGGCCUUCAAGGAGCUGGCCUCUCAGGAAGGAUUAUGCAUUGCUCACUCAGACAAGAUCUACAGCAACGCAGGGGAGAAGCACUUUGAUCGGCUCCUACGGAAGCUCAGAGAGCGUCUGCCCAAAGCUCGUGUUGUGGUGUGUUUCUGUGAAGGCAUGACUGUCCGAGGACUUCUGAUGGCCAUGAGACGACUGGGAGUGUUUGGAGAGUUCCUCCUCAUUGGCAGUGAUGGAUGGGCGGACCGAUAUGAGGUUGUGGAGGGUUACGAGCAAGAAGCAGAAGGAGGAAUCACUAUGAAGUUACAGUCAGAGGUGGUCAAAUCCUUUGAUGAUUACUACCUAAAGCUGCGUCUGGAUACCAACACCAGAAACCCCUGGUUUCCUGAGUUUUGGCAGUACCGAUUCCAGUGCCGCCUACUGGGCCAUCCGCAGGAGAACAAGAACUACAAGAAAGUCUGCUCUGGAAAUGAAAGUCUGCAAGAAAACUACAUUCAGGACAGCAAGAUGGGAUUUGUCAUCAAUGCCAUCUACGCCAUGGCCACGGCCUCCAUGACAUGUCAGGAGUUAUGCCCCACACAAACGGGCCUGUGUGAGGCUAUGGACCCCAUUGAUGGCAGCAAGCUGCUAGAUUACCUCCUCAAGACAUCGUUCAGGGGCGUCUCAGGGGAGGAGAUUUAUUUUGAUGAAAAUGGAGACACCCCCGGAAGGUAUGACAUCAUGAAUCUCCAGAGCGUAGGUGACAGCCGCUAUGAUUACAUACAUGUGGGAUCGUGGCAUGAGGGCAUCCUGAGAAUCGAUGACAACAAACUGUGGAUGAACAGCAGCGACAUGGUGCGCUCAGUGUGCAGUGAGCCCUGCUCCAAAGGACAGAUCAAGGUGAUUAGAAAGGGCGAGGUAAGCUGCUGCUGGAUCUGCACCACAUGCAAGGACAACGAGUACGUUCAAGAUGAGUUCACUUGUAAGGCCUGUGAGCUGGGAUGGUGGCCCGAUGAGGACCUGGAAGGCUGCCAGCUCCUCCCUCUGAAGUAUCUUGACUGGGCAGACGUGGAAUCCAUAGUUGCAGUGGUGUUCUCCUGCGUCGGCAUUCUGAUCACCUCCUUUGUCACCUUUGUUUUUAUCCAGUACCGCGACACACCUGUGGUGAAAUCUUCCAGCCGAGAACUCUGUUAUAUCAUCUUGGCAGGCAUCUUCCUGGGAUACAUCUGCCCAUUUACGCUCAUCGCAUGCCCCACGGUGGCCUCCUGUUACCUGCAGCGGCUCCUGGUGGGCCUGUCAUCUGCCAUGUGUUACUCGGCCCUGGUUACCAAAACGAACCGCAUUGCACGCAUUCUGGCAGGCAGCAAGAAGAAGAUCUGCACCAGGAAGCCCCGUUUCAUGAGUGCCUGGGCCCAGGUAAUCAUCGCCUUUAUGCUUAUCAGUGUGCAGCUCACUCUGGAGAUCACUCUCAUUAUACUGGAGCCUCCUGAGCCUGUCAAGUCGUACCCAAGCAUACGUGAGGUCUACCUCAUCUGCAACACCAGCAACUUAGGUAUGGUAGCACCACUGGGCUACAAUGGCCUGCUAAUCUUGAGCUGUACCUACUAUGCCUUCAAGACACGGAACGUGCCCGCUAAUUUUAAUGAGGCUAAAUACAUUGCCUUUACGAUGUACACUACCUGCAUCAUCUGGUUGGCUUUUGUGCCCAUCUACUUUGGCUCCAAUUACAAGAUCAUAACAACAUCAUUCUCAGUCAGUCUGAGUGUGACGGUAGCACUGGGAUGCAUGUUCACUCCCAAGAUGUACAUCAUCAUAGCCAAACCAGAGAGGAAUGUACGGAGCGCCUUCACCACAUCUGAUGUCGUGCGAAUGCAUGUUGGAGAUGGGAAGGCGGCGGCGGCGGCGGCGGCGGCCUGUGGGAGUAACAGCCUGCUCAAUAUGUUCCGUCGGAAGAAGCCCAUGGCUGCCAACGCCAAUUCUAAUGGCAAGUCUGUGUCAUGGUCUGAAUCAGGUGCAAGACACCCUCCGAGGGAGGGGAAUGUGUGGCACAGACUGUCUGUGCAUGUGAGGAAACAGGAAGUCGGCUCGAAUCAGAUGGCGGUCAUCAGGCCCUUAACUAACAACCCCGACCCCCACAGUUGCGACCCUCCUACCUGCAACCUUGGCACAGACCCCAAUCUCCCUGAAGAAGCGCUGGGUGCUAAAGGUCCAUACAACCUGACACAGGAGGAUGAUGAGGUUGAUGCACAACGCCCGCUCUGGAUGCCAACAUAUUCUGGACAGAAAAAGGGUGUGAGUGUUUGCAGGGGGCCCUGGUGGACACACACAACUCCCAUGUCCCCGCACUGAAUGAUCACACUGCCAAUGAGGCAAUCCCUGCC